AACUUUGCAUAUAUACAAAUAUAAUGGUAGAGUUCCUUUUUUAGCAUCAUUAUUAUUCAUUUCACAUAUUCAAUUGCUUUUUAACGGUUAAUGGAAAUGGCUUCCUCCUCCUCCUCCUCCUUCAUCCUAAGCUCAGAUUUCAAGUGCAUAGUUUCUUCGAGGAACACUAGAACCCUCUCUGGGUUUGGUGCAUUGCACCCAAAUGGUUUAUUCAGGAAAUGCUUCCACUUUCACACUCUAUCUGCUAGAAUGGUGGCAAGGACUACAAAGAUGGUUUCUGAUGUUUAUGCUGGCGGAGACACAACUUUCAGAGUCAAUAGCAAGAUGUACACCAAGUUGGACUCUUGUUUGGUCAUACCACCUACCCCAAAUCGUGCCAAGCCUCGAGCAAUAAUCAAGUUCCUGGGUGGUGCCUUCAUUGGUGCUGUUCCUGAAGUUACUUACGGCUACCUGAUAGAAUUUUUGGCAAGGGAAGGUUUUCUUGUGGUGGUGGUGCCUUAUAAUGUGACAUUUGACCAUUCUCAAGCUGCUAAACAAGUAUAUGAGAGGUUCCAUGCUUGUUUGGGUACAAUCCUUACAUCUGGGUUGCCUCAAGCAAAUUUGUCACCUGCUCAGCUAGAAGACCUUCCCCUUUUCUCUGUUGGUCACAGUAAUGGGGCACUUCUUCAACUACUCACAGGAAGCUUGUUUUCUGAGAAAAUACCUAAGGCUAAUGCCAUAAUCUCAUACAACAACAGGCCAGCAACGGAAGCAGUCCCUUACUUUGAACAGUUGGGUCCUGUAGUCAGCCAAAUGAUGCCAGCUGUGGAGGCAACUCCUUUUUAUUCAAUAGCUAGAAAUGCAUCAGGAGACGUGUGGAAGAUGAUGUUGGAUGCUGCUAGAUCAACUCUACAGGAAACUGAGCAGGAAAUACUGAAUUCCUUAACUAAAUUUGUUGAUCAGUUGCCAUCAGUAAUGAACGAGGUUACACAAGGAGUAUCAGAGUUCAAGCCAACACCAACUGAAAACCGUGAUUGCUUUAAAUGUUCAUACAAUGUUGAACACACACUAUUGGUGAAGUUCAAUUUUGACACAAUUGAUGAGACAGAUAUUCUUGAACAAACACUGAAGCCUCGUGUGGAGUCACUGGGUGGUACAUUAGAAAAAGUAACAUUAAGUGGUAACCACAUCACACCAUGCAUUCAGGAACCAAGAUGGCAAGUGGGUAAAUUGUACACUCCCGCAGAUGCUGUUGCCCAAGGGCUUAAAUCUCUUUCUUUGAAUGAGACCAAGAUCCUUGCCAGAACCAUUAGCGACUGGUUCAGACGUUUUGAGAGUUGAAGUACCAGGGAAGACUAGCAUUGCAUACAUAAUGCAGUAUAAUUUUGACUAUAAGCAGGAUAGUGAUUGUAUUGGAACUUUGCAAUUAAAGGUAUUAAUUGAAGACCUAUGUGGUGUAUAUAAUUUAUAGGUUAAAAUAAAGAUCAAAAGAUGUGGUAACUUAUAUAUCAUUUGUUAGAUUGAUGCA